CGCAAGCGAUUCGUCUUCUUUUUUAGAUCGUCGACGAAUGUGUCCGCGUAUAGAAGUGUUGUAACAUAGACAAAUCAAUCUUUAUUUUUCCAAACAAACAAAAAAACAUUUUCAAUUGUAUAUAUAGUGUGAACACAUUCGGGGACAAUCGAAACGAAAUCCAAAAUAGCACAGAACAAAAAAAAAUCGAAUUGUAAUAAAGUCUCAAGUGUAUAAAAAGUCGAAUUGAAGUGAACAGAAAAUAAAAGUUAUUGUCGAGAAGAGAGCGAUGUGUGAUUGGGUGUAAUUUGUAUGUUGUUUUUUUUCCAAUGCGAUUUGCCGUGAAUGGUGUGUAUGUGUGUGGGAAUCAGAAUCGAUUUGAAACCAAAAUACCAACAUAAUCGGUCAUAAAAUUGGCGAUAUCAAGUCGUGCGGGAAAAAAAUCUGAAUCAUUUGUUGUUUUUUCCAAUGGAAUAGUGCUUUAAAAAUCCAUCAGUGCCAUUUUCUACAAAAUAUUUUAUUUGUAAUAACCAGCGAAUCAGCAAACGACCACAAUAACAGCAGUAGCAGCAGCAGCAACAACAAGAAAUUAACAAAACAAAACAAAAUUUAAUCAAAAAGUGAAAUGGCACAUACACACACACAGUGAGAGCGAGAUAAAAAUCCAAUUUAAUUUGUCGAGUGAUUAAAAUCAAUUUCGUAGUGGCUCCAUUGCGAUUGACAUCGUCAAGUAAUCAAAUUGAAGGGCACCAUACUACGUAUAUACAUAAAAAGAAGUGAAGAGAGAAUUACAAAAAAAAGAAGGAAAAAAAUUCAACGAGUAUAAUUUUUCACGGCAUUCUGACGGCACCAGCAGAGAAAAAAGAAGGAAAACCAUCUGCGGCGGCUACGGAAGUUGAUUCAACCAAAAAGUAUAGUUGCCCAUUUAUGGCCGAUUUUCAUAUUUUCCAUAUACGCUAUCCAAUAAUGCAGAAAUAGGAAAGUAUAAAUAAUCAGCAUAUACAUCGGUCGACCGUCGCGCUCUCACUCUGUGGAUAUAACACACAUACACACAGUUCAACCCGUCUCUCUCUAUCAUUCUUCCUCAUCAACGACAUCGACAUUAGUUUUUCUCUCAGUGUCGCAUCUGUUUUUUUUCUCUCUGUGUGUGUGUGUCGGUGAAACAACAACAACACACAGUGUUUGUGUACGUGCGUGUAUACUGCGACAGCAAGUGUAUUGGUGUUGUUAGCAACACGCGGAAAACUCAUCGUGGUUUUUCACCAAAAUAUUUUCUCAUCACAUCAAAGAGGCAUGCAAUGAGAAGGACAUCAUUAUGAGCCGCAACCAAGCACAGAUACCGCCAUCCAAGAUGGAGCACGAUGCGUCUGCACUGGCAGCCGAACUGUUUGACCAUUUCAGUUCGGCAACAACGAUGCGACAAAUACUCGGUCUGUACCAUAGUAUGUGUGACACAAUAUCACUACGGUCGGCACCGAUCAACGAAUUCUAUCCCAAGUUGAAGUCAAAAAUUCGCAGUUGGAAAGCACAAGCGUUGUGGAAAAAAUUCGAUGCACGUCUAUCGCAUAAGGUAUACAAUAAAGGAUUGGCUUGCAGUGGUACCCGAGUACUGGUGAUUGGAGCUGGACCGUGUGGCUUACGAACAGCAAUAGAAGCACAAUUGUUGGGCGCCAAAGUGGUGUUGAUUGAAAAACGUGAUCGAUUCUCACGAAAUAAUGUCUUACAUUUAUGGCCUUUUUUGAUCACCGAUCUACGAAAUUUGGGAGCAAAAAAGUUCUAUGGCAAAUUUUGUGCCGGUUCAAUUGAUCACAUUUCAAUCAGACAGUUGCAAUGCAUUCUGUUGAAAGUGGCACUGUUGCUCGGUGUCGAAGUGCACGAUGGCAUUUCAUUUAAUAAAAUACUCGAACCAAAGGAUGGAUGCGGAUGGCGAGCUGACAUCAGUCCGGCCGAUCAUGCUGUUUCACACUAUGAAUUCAAUGUGUUAGUCGGUGCCGAUGGAAAACGAAACACACUCGAAGGCUUCAGACGCAAGGAAUUUCGUGGCCGCUUGGCUAUCGCUAUCACAGCCAAUUUUAUCAAUAAGAAAACAUGGGCUGAAGCCAAGGUCGAGGAAAUUAGCGGCGUUGCAUUCAUUUUCAAUCAGGCAUUUUUUAAAGAACUGUACGAAACCACGGGAAUUGAUUUAGAAAAUAUCGUCUACUAUAAGGAUGAGACGCAUUAUUUUGUCAUGACAGCGAAAAAGCACAGUUUAAUUGAUAAGGGAGUGAUUAUUUCCGAUUUUUCCGAUCCGGCCGAAUUACUGGCACCGGCCAAUGUUAAUACAGAAGCAUUGCUCGCCUAUGCUAGAGAAGCUGCCGAUUUUUCCACUAAACAUCAAAUGCCACAAAUGGAAUUUGCUGUAAAUCAUUAUGGAAAGCCGGAUGUGGCUAUGUUUGAUUUUACAUCGAUGUUUGCCGCUGAAACAUCAUGUUUUGCUGUGGUCAAGAAAAAUUAUCGCUUGCUACAGUGUUUAGUUGGUGAUAGCUUGUUGGAACCGUUCUGGCCAACGGGUUCCGGUUGUGCUCGUGGUUUUUUGUCCAGCAUGGAUGCUGCAUAUGCAAUGAAACUGUGGACCAAUCAACGCAAUAGUAUUUUGGCUGUGCUCGCACAACGCGAGAGCAUUUAUCGGCUACUAGCCCAAACGACACCCGAAAAUUUACACCGUGAUAUUGGAUCGUACACUUGUGAUCCAGCCACACGAUAUCCAAAUCUUAACCGAAUAGCGGUCGCACCACAUCAAGUAAAACAUUUACUCGAGUCGGAUGAUCCAACGUUAUUCGAACAAACAUUUCUCGAUUCGAAUGUACUCAACGUUGUGCCGGAGACUUUGGUACGACGAAAACGACGCACAGGAGAUGUGGCACCACUUUCGGCUGUUCUCUUGCGAUGGAUCAAAUCACAGCUCAGUUCGUAUGAAUUUCUUACGAAUUUGGAAAAUGCAGCUGAAUGUUUUACAAAUGGCCAGGUCUUUUGCUGUUUGAUAAACCGAUAUCGUCCAGAUUUGAUAGACCUCACAAAGUUAAAAGGCCUGAAUGUUGAACAGUGUAAUGAGAUAGCAUUUUCGGUGAUUGAACGUGAGAUGGGUAUACCGAAAGCAGUAACGGCCGCCGAGUCAGUGACACUGGUAGGAGUCGAUCCAAAAGUGUGGCUCACCUACCUGGAGCAAGUGUGUGAAGUGUUUCGCGGGGAAAUUCCGCAUGUCAAGCAUCCAAAGCUGGAUCUUGAAAAACUGCGUGAAACAAAGCGUGAAGCACCAGAUUUUUCGAAUCUUCUGAAGUUGAAAUCGCAAUCGAAAGAUGUUCAACGUCAAGCAGAUGAACCAGAUCGUGAACGACCCCGACGAUCUCGUCGAUUUGAUACUUCUGCUGUCAGCACACCCAGAGCCACGCCAGAUGCACCAAGUCGACGAUCACGUAAACGGCGAAGCUACGAUAAAUUUGGAAACAUUGAAGAGCGUGCCAAACGUAUUGAAGAGAUUGAAGCCAAUCGAAAUGAACGUCAAAGUAAACGACGCCUGCAACGGGCGCAACAAACACAAAACUUUUACAAAAGUUUGCAUAUGUUGCAAGCGGGCCAAUUGUUACGCGAUGAAAAUAUUGACGAGAAUAGCCCAUUCGAAGACUAUUCCAUUUAUAUGUAUCGACAAAAUGCACCCGAAUUCAAAGAUCGCGUCAAGGAACUCGAACAAAAGUUGUUACACCCCGAUCGCGAGAAAGGCAUUUAUUCGGCUUUGCCAAAGGGCACACCCGACGAACAAUUCAAUGAUCGCAUCAAGUCAAUGGAACAACGCAUCGCAGGCCGAAACCAAGUCACCAAUGAUAGAAAACCGAAAGAUUUGCUCCGAGCCAUUGGUAAAAUCGAGUCAAAUGAUUGGAAUUUGCGCCAAAUCGAAAAGAAAAUUGAAGAUUCGAAGAAAACCGAAGUGGGCAAAAGCCGGGAAAAGGUUCCGAAGUGGAGCAAGGAACAGUUCUUACAGCGACAGAACAAGAUCACUCGCCCAGAUGAUCAAGAAGCCGAUGAACGGUUCAAGGACAUCGAUCAAACGAUUAAGAACGCUGAAAAACAACUGAAAGAUGGAGCUCUGCGGGAGCUUGGCGAACGAGGUCGCAAUAAAGUCGCUUCAAUCGCUGGCAAUUUCAUUAAGAAGGACGAAGCAAACGAUAAAAGUGAAGACAAAUUGCAGAAAUCGAGUUCGAAAACUGGUUUGGUCUUCAAUUCGCAAAAAACGACCGACAUUUGCCAUUUCUGCAAGCAAAAGGUGUACGUAAUGGAAAAAUUGUCGGCUGAAAGCUUGGUUUUGCAUCGAAACUGUUUGAAGUGCCACCAUUGUCACACGAGCUUAAGAGUUGGCGGCUAUGCCUUCGAUCGUGAUGAUCCCGAGGGGAAAUUCUAUUGUACACAACAUUAUCGACUGCCAGCAAAGCAAAUCCGUACGACUGUUCGUAAAUAUCCACGAGCCGAAGUCAAUGAAUCGGCUGCAUCGAAGAAUAACAGCCCAUAUAAAACGCCCGAAAAGUCAACGAGUCGAGCGGAAAGUUUGAAGCAAAUCGACUUACUCGAUCGUGGUCAAACGCCAGAACGGAUUGAAUUUGAGAAUAUUGAUGCAAUGUCUGAUGGUGAACCAUCAUUCAAUAAUAUUAUUGAUGAAAAUGAAUGGACGGAUCGCAAUUUUGGCACUGCCAGCGAAGAGUCUGAGUCGGACAUUUCGUCCAGUGACGAUUCGAACGAUAGUGAUUCGGAUAUUUACGAAGAUGUGAAUGGAUCGCCGUUAGAAGCACAAACCCUGCAAUUGGCCAAUGAAUGGAUCGGAAAGCAACGAUACACUUCAAAUCAGUACAGUGAGGAUGACGAAUUUUACGCUUCCAGUGAAGAUGAUGAAGCCGAUAGUCAAACGGAAGGUGAAGAGUUGGAAAAGGCACGAGCGAUUCGAAUGCAAGAAGCUAAAGUGAAACCAGUGCAAUAUUUGCCAACGGACACUGAAACCGAGGUGCAAAGUGAUUCCGACUCAUCGUCAGCCGUGGAAUUGAAUUCAGCCACCGAAAUUUCAACCGAUUCCGAAUUCGAACGUGAUCCAGUCACGCCGCAAUAUUCCGAAGACAAUAAGAAAGCAAUCAAUCGAAUUCAGGUAAAACAAGGUGUCAUUGACAACAGCGUACAUCGAGCGGCUGUUCGAAAUGCCCGAAGUGUUCAGAAGCCCAAGCACAAUGUGCAUUUGGAAUUUGAGCCACUGGUGCGUGUCGAUCCAACUGUGAUACCGAAUCGUGAACCAUUGCAAAAUCCUCGAGUUGGCGACUAUUUGCUGAAGCAAACGGCAAGCACGGAGGGAAUUGCAUCGAAAAAGAGUCUGGAAUUGAAGAAACGAUAUUUGUUGGGUGACACCGGUGCCAGUGGUAUUAUGAAAUCGGAUUCAAUGUCAAUGUUGGAUUCGAAAUUCAAAAAUUUCCGUUCGACCAUCACCGAUUGCCAAAAACUAUUGAAUCCAGCCGUGCCAGAUAAAAGUGCUGCCACAAAAGUGUCAAAUAAAAAUCAAAUCAAUGCGGAGAAUAUCGUUGAACCAACAGUGAUUCCAAAUAAACCUCAAAGCAUUAUUAUCAAACACAACGAAGAAAAGGAAAAUGUUUACGAUCAAAUUGUGAGCACACGCAAUGAAAUCAAUAAAACGGAAUCCUUCCACGAGCUAGCGAAACCGGCUAAAGUUGCCAGUGAAAAUGAAGAAAAACCACCAAUCAUUUUGGCGGAGAAUAAAAUCCGUGAUGCAACUACGAAAGUGAUUGAAAACACGGAAGUGAAUGCGAAAAAAGUGAACAAUGGCGGCAGCGUUGAAAAUAGCAAAAGUGACAAUAAACGAAAUUCAUUCGAAUAUUCUGAAAAAUUUAAGCACAGUGAAAUAAUAAGCAGUGGCCGUGACAAUGCGACGGAAAAAGAGAUCAGCGAUUACAAGCCGGUUUAUGAUAGUCGUAAAGAGGGCGAUAGCAAUUAUUUCUCGAGUUCAUUAUCGGCAGAAAAGCCAAAAACUGGCAUUACAGUUGCGUCAAAGAAAACACAAGAAAUCGAAACUGUUGAGCCAAUGCUCAAUAUGCCGUGCAUCGCUUGGGCACAAUCGGCCAAUCAAAAGCGACCCGAUUCGGACACGUUUUCAUCGAGCACAAGUAGUCCAGCGGAAAUUCCGCAUUUUAUACUCGAUUCCACGAGCCCAGACACUCAGGUAACACCCAGCGAAUCAAGUGCGAACAAAGCCGAUGACUUGAUGCAAAUGGAUAGCUUGAUGCUGAUCGAUGGCAAGUACAUUGGCGAUCCGGAAGAUUUGAAACUCAUGAAAAUGCCGGAGAGUUUCACUGCGACCAUCACCACAGGAGGAUCAGUACCAACGACACCGACUGCCACAAUUAAAACCGUUAUUCAUGUUCAGGCCGCCGAAAAUGUUGUCGAUAUGAAACCAGAAUCCAAAGUAGAGCCAGUGAAAUCAGAGCCAAAAAUUGAAUCGAAAGCCGAGCCGAGAAUAGAAACAAAAGUCGAACCAAGAACUUACAAAUACGAACCGAUUUACAAACGUCCAAUUUUCCGAUUCGACACAAGGAAUGAGAAUAAAAUCGACACUCUCAAGAAUAUUCCAUUGAUUUUGCCGGAUGAAAGUGAAAAGCCGCCCAAACCAACUCAAUUAAAUAUUCCAACGGCGAAUUCGGCUGUAACACCCGAGUCACCUGACUAUGAUAAAACACCAACCGCUUCGAAUCCAGGCAAUCUGUUGGAUAAAUCGAAUCAUUCCGAUUCGGAAACAGAGAUGACUGGCCAAGUGCUAACCGAAACUGAGCUCAGCGAUUGGACAGCCGACGAUGCGGUGUCAGAGAAUUUUGUCGAUAUGGAAUUUGUACAGAAUUCAAACAAGGGCACAAUCAAGCGUAAUAAAAAGGCCAAGAAGAAAGAUUCGUCGAAAGAAAAGCAAAUCGGUCAAGCACCAAUCGCAACAAAUUUGGACUUUGACGAUAUGGAAUUCAUGGACACGGGCUCGGAAGAAAGCUACAUGGAAACGUAUGCAGCAACAAAUAAAGCAAUGUUAAAUAAUCGCGGCUACGUGCAAUUUGUGAACACCCAACCAGAGAGUCCGGCCAAUUAUUACAACUACAAUAAAAAUGUGCAAACUAAACCGACACGCAUCGAAUUGGGCCGAAGUAAUAGCAUAAAUCGAUCAAAUGAGUUGCAUGACAAUUAUUUUAUCGAACAGGGUGCGCUAUUACUGUCCAAUGAAAACGAUUUAAAAACUCCGAUGAACGAAAGUCCGGCAGCAAUUUUACCGAAAUUGCAUGGUGAUAGUCAUGAAGUGGAAGAUGAUAGUCUUGUUAUGAUUGCAUCACAAGGUGGUAAUACGACGACCGAAGAAAGUGAUGCACUCACCGUAGUUACCAGUCCAAUGGAAUCCGCUCCACGAUUCGAUGAAUCGUCUAAUUCGAAUUUAAGCAAUGCAUCGCCGCAUAAAAAAUCUUCCAGCACAAUUGAAUCGUCCAAACAUCAGAAUCCGCAGCAAAAUGAGCGCAAAAAUUCCGAUGACAUCACGUACGAGGAGUACGUUCGCCAAUUGCAAAUGAAAAUCACUCAGAUCAGCAAUGCACGCGAUUCGAUCGAUAUACGCAAGACAAAGCGUAAACAUUCGAAAAAUGAGAGCAUCAAUGAUUCGUUAUCCGGUCACCAAAAUCAGCCGUCGCCGCAUCAUCAUCAACAGCAGCAGCAGCAGCAGCAGCAACAGCAACAGCAUCAACACCAACCAUCCCCGAGUUCUGUGAUAGAUAAUAAUAGUAAGUCGUUAAGUAUUUAUGUGGGUCAAUCGAAUGAGACACCGACAAAUGUGGUGGAAAAAUUGGAAGAAAUUUCCAAAGAACGAAUAAAACAAAAGGAUUUGAUCCACGAUCUGGUGAUGGAUAAAUUGCAGAGUAAAAAAUUGUCAAACGCUGAGAAACGUUUAACUCGCAGUCGCAAUCGAAGCAGUGCACUGAGCAUCAGUCCGAAUACAUCGAUUUUACCGCCGGUGGCAACACCGCCGUUGACUCAUUCACAAUCAACCACAAGCAUGAGUCCGAAAUAUUCGUCGUAUCAGGUGGCCGAACCGGAACGUCGACAUUGUUUGCCGAAUCAAUCGAAGGCAUUGUCAUUGUCGCCAACAAAAGAAUUGUCAAUUGUAAAUCAGCUGAAUCAAAGUGCUCGAAAAUCCGGUCAACGACCACGCAGUGCAAAUGUCGAAGAGUUCCCUGUAUUUGAAACGCCAAAAUUGAGCAAAACACAAUCGUUUUGCGUUCAUUCGACACGUGAUUCGGGUGCAUCAAGUUUGUCGCACAAAAACGACUAUCCGUAUCAAUUCGUUGACAAUGUGUUCAGCACACCAGUAAUUCCACGACAUCGAACACUUGACGAAGAACUGGCACAAACAACGGAAAAACUGCGUCAAGAGGCUCGUCUUCGUGCUCGCUUGAAAUCCAAUCAAGACUUGGGCCUCAGUCCCGAAGAAAAGAUUGCAUUGCUUCGCAAACGAUACAAUUUAGAGAACAACAUGACUACAGCAUCGGCCGUUCCAUGUUCCACGUACAAUGUGGCAACGCCCAACAAAUCCGACGAUAUGAAAGUACGCGAAAAGAAAAUGACCACAUCAAAGAGUGUCAACGAUAUUUCGGCAAAUAGCUCUCUAACCGAAUGCAAUCCGAUCAGUAUAAGUAGUCACCGUAAGAAGACCGAAUUCACAUCGAAUCCAAAUUUGGGCGAAGAACAAAAAGCAUCGCCGAAACGCCGUCAAAAGGAUCCCGAGCGCCGUAAGAGUAUCAUUCAAGCGGUAUCCGAUUUCUUCCAUAAAAAACGCGACAAAGAUACACCAUCGUCACCGCCAAAAGAAAAAUCCGAAGGAAUGUUCGGACGCUUGCGUAUCUCGCCGAAAUCGAAAUCCAAGGAGAAAAUGGAAUUGUCAGCGGAAUUGAGCAAAUCGGAGAAUUGUUUAAUUGCCAAAAAUAAGCCGAUUGAUCACACAGAUGGCGGCCGUGAUGAACUGACACCACCACCCGUUCCACCACUGCCGGUUAAUUAUCAACGUUCGGACGAUGAAAGCUACUUAUCGAAUGAGAAUCGCGAGCAAAAGAAGCUACGUGCUCAUUACAAAGCCACUCGGCAAGCGGAAUUGAAGCGAUUGCGAAUUGCUCAGGAGAUUCAACGAGAGCAAGAGGAAAUCGAAGUGGAAUUACGUGAUUUGGAGGCGCGCGGUGUCAUGAUCGAGAAAGAAUUGCGCGGCGAAGAACAACUGCCAGAUGUGGUGGAUUCAAACGAGGUGAUUGGCAUGAAGGAUGACAAAUUACUUUCGGAAUUGAUGGAAAUUCAUAGCAGAAUAACACACCUAAAGAAACGCGAUGGUGAAUUGAGUAUUCGUCAGAAGGAAUUGCAAUUGGAAUAUAGACAUGCUCAAUUAAAGGAGCAACUGAAUGUUCGUCUGUCAUGUGGAAGACUGGACAAGAGUUCAUCGGAUGUAGCGGCAGAGGGAGCAAUUUUGAACGAAAUGUUGGACAUUGUUGCGAAACGAGCAGCUCUCCGAGCCAACGAUUCUCAACACGGAAUGAAUAGCAUUGAAAGUGAUGUAAGUCUGGCCAUUUCGUAUGCAUGCUGUUCACGUGACUUUCUAUUCAAAUGGUUGAUCCCGAUCAUUUUAUCCGUUUUCUGCAUGUUUUAUCUACACUAUGCACACUUUUAAUACCGUUUUACCUUUUUGUAGAUCUUUUCGUUUUUAUUUUUAUCCCAUUUUUAUCAACUGUUUUUUUUUUUAAUUUCAAUUGUUGCUUUUAUGCCAUUAUUAUUUAUUUUAUUCCAUUUUACCAUGUAUUUAUACACUCAAAAAAUUAAAGUGAUGGUUGUUUUAUACCUUGGAAA